GCACCGCCAUGGCGAGAGAGGAGUGCAAAGCGCUGCUGGACGCUUUCAACAGGGCGACCGCGCGCUACCACCACCUGAUGCUGACCGUCGGCGGCUCCGCCGACUCACGGAACCUGCGUGAGGAGUUGCAAAAGACGCGCCAAAAGGCGCAGGAGCUGGCGGUGGCCACCUGUGCCCGGCUGACGGCCGCACUGCGCGACCGGAGCCUGGACGCGGAGGAGCGCACGGAGCUCGAGCGCCUCUGGGUGAACUUCUCCGGCUGUCUGGACCUGCUAGAAGCCGAGCUGCGGCGCGCGCUGGUGCUGGGCACGGCGUUCCCAUUGCACGCGCCGCGGCGGCCGCUGGUGCGCACGGGCGUGGCGGGAGGCUCAGCGGGCAUCGCGGCGCGCGCCCAGAGUGCCCGCAACCUGCGGCGGGAGGCGGAGAGCCACUUCGACCUGCAAGAACUGCGCGAGCUGGAGCGGGAGAUCUUUCGGGUGGGCGAAAUGAUACGAGACAUGGAGAUGAAAGUCAACGUGCCCCGCUGGACGGUGCAGGCCCGGCAGUCUGCGGGCGCUGAGCUCCUAUCCAGUGCCAGCGCCUCCUCGAUGUCCAUAGAAGAGCGCACGGGACCCUGUGACCUGAACAAGGCCGUGGCCGCCGCGGUUUUCAGUGCAGUGCUGCUAGUGGCUGUGGGCCUGGCUGUGUGCGUGGCAAAACUGAGCUGACCGCCACCACUCCCUCCCGAGUUACCUACCCCUCUGAGAAUGAACCCAACUGCCAGGAUUGCGAUGGGAAUGGAUCUGGCAUUUUUAAGGGGAAUGGACCUAAAACCGUGUGUGUGUGUGUGUGUGUGUGUGUGUGUGUGUGUGUGUACACGCACACCCGUGUUUCAAACACAAAUAUGCCCGGGCAGAACAUAAUUUCCUCGUGUUCACCCAAAAAGAGUUAAUUUUUCACGGGCUGCCAGAGCAUUACGCUAAUGCAUGCAGGAGCUUUAUCCCCUAUUAAUAGAAAAUGGUCCACAGUGACCCCAGAUUCCUCAGAGUUAAUGGGUUAUCCCGUGUGCUGGUGCUUACACUAAGUCCUAGCUUGGUGCCCCCACCCCUGUUAGCUACUUCCACCCUUCCACACCGGGCAGUUUGAAAGGGGGAUGAAAUGAAAUGUGUGUUACCGUUUGGAGGUUGUUUUGCAAUGUGUGGGUGGUGGUUUGUUUCCUGGACAAGAAACACAUGCAAGCAGUUUUUAUUAUCUUAAUUCUUGGGGCCUAAACUUAGAGUGUGCAAAUAGAAGUUCUUGCAGAGUGCUUUCUCUGUGCUGAACGAUUGUGCUUCUGGGCAGUUUAUCCAUUAGUCACAAAAGCAACUAGAAGAUGUUUGGCGUGACCUCAGCCUUGGGUCUGACUUGACUUAGGAAACCAGAGAAGACUCCUUGCAUAGGCCUUGAUGCGUUUGGAUCCACUACAUGUAUUGCCUAUCUGGAAGGUCUUUCUAAGGCUGCAGGCUUUGGCCAGGUCCUCAAGUUAUUUAAAUAGGCACUUUCUCCUUCCUGGGGCUUGUUUCUGUUCAGAACUAGACCAGAGUUUUUGAUCCUCCUUUGGGGGAGGGCUGUGGAAUCCUCUUUGGAGUCCUUAAUCCUAUCUAUCCCUUAGAAUUUGCAUGCUGGUCAGUAGAAGAGCUGGCUUUGGAGGGAGCUGCACAGCCUCCGACCCCCAACACUGCCCCUUAAGAGGGUAAAGUGACAACACUGUUAACACAGAGAUAUUGAACCAGUUAGGCCUUGAACUGGUGAUAAUGUAACAGCUUUGACUUGGAAUUUGAGAAACUUUUUAUUUUUAAGUAAAAAAAUAAAUUUAUUUAUUUAUUUUACAUUGUAAAAGGGCAGGUUUAUUAAGGAAAGGAAAGAGAAAAAGAGAUGCCUACAUAGACACAGGUGGGCAAGAGAGCUGCCUGUGAAACUUUUUAAAAAUAAAAAUCAUUGUAAAGAAAAAUCACAUAACCAGAUUUUGAUAAAGGACAUUUCUCAUGCCAAUGGGUUCAACGCCAUCAAACCGUCCUCUUUACUUAAAGAGGUUACUGAAUACACAAAGUUACUGAAUACACAAAGUUACUGAAUACACACCUGCAUCUAGUUUUACAACAGACCUUAAGGGCAGGAGGUCACAGCAUAAACCUCUGGAAUCACAGGUCUAGAUGACAGAUGUUAAACGGCAUCUGCUUUUUUGGUCAAUAAAUAAGAAAAUGUGGAAAACCCCCUGGGGCCCAGCACUUCCACCUCCCACCCAUGAUCCAGAGACAGCAUUGGUGGGAAAAUGCAGCUGAGAAAACAGAUGUCUCUGCCACUAGAGGUAAUUUGGAUCAGAACUCAGUGACUUUGGUUUGAGUGAAAAAAUGACAAGGUUUUUUUUUUUUUUUUUUUUUUUCAUUUUUAUCCCAGAACUGAGAAAGGGGAUCAGGGGAGGGGACUAGCAGUUUUUUCACAAGUGCAGAGGGUCAGGGGGCAGCGAGAGGACCUCAGGGCACUCAGUCCUUCCCAGUCCUCCCCUCUCUUCUACUCCUCGGUGCACAUAAUCCAUUAUCUCAGAUGGCAAAACAUGAGAUUUGAUUUUUUUUUUUUGCCUUUUUUUUUUUUGCAUGGUUUUAAAAGACCCAAAAUGUCUUACGCAAUUAACAGUUUCAUAGCAAGGUGCCUCCCUGGUGAUGCGAGAGGUUAAGACACAAUCUAUGAAGCUACCCGCAGCCACUGCAACACGAGUUCAAUCCCCGGCCAGGGAACUACCCACAUGGCGCAGCAGACCUCUCCUGUCUCGCCCGCUGCUCCCCUCAAUGUAUUCAGUCAGUCUGCCUGUUCUGUUCCCCACUCUGUCUCUGAUGGAUCCUCUAACCCCCCACACCUCUGGCCUGUACCACAGCUCUUGUAUACAUAAAUAAAUCUUAAAAAAAAUAAGUUUUAUAGCAAUAACUAAUAAACUUCUGUCUCAUCCAGCCUAGGUCAAUCUCAAUAGGGGUCUUAUCAAAUUCUUUUGCACCUAAAUGCUCAUGGCCCCUUAAGAGAUGACAAAGGAAGUUUUCUAAUUACCUUCUCCUGCAUACAACACAAGAUAGAAUCUGUCAUCUUCCCCAGAGUUACAUCCUUCCCAGGCAAGGGGAGGCUAGGACAUUGUGUGAUGCAGAGGUGGGAGAUAUCCCUAAGAAUCAAACCCUAAAUAUAUUCUUCUGUUUCUAACACUGUGAUUCUAUCACAGUGUGUUUUGGUUCAUGAAAAAAAAAAAUGUUUUGUAGAAACUUUUAAAGAAACAAGCAUCAGACAUUUUGUAUUGCAUUGAAGCCAUCCAACAAAUUUCUUUGUUGUUAUUCUUGACACCCACUUGGUAGAUUUGGGGGUAUUUACUUAAUAUGUACAGUCAGAUGUGUGCCCAAUUCUGAGGCUCUUUUUUUUUUUAAAGAUUUAUUUAUUUAUGAUUACAAGAACUGGGGUACAGGCCAGAGGUGUGGGAAGUAAGAGGAUUCACCAGAGACAGAGCAGGGAACAGAACAGGCAUAGACUGAAGUACACUGCUGAGGGGAGCAGUGGGUGAGUCAGAAGAGGUCUGCUGUGCCGGGGGGUGGGGGGGUAGCUCCCUGGUCAGGGAUUGAACUCACACUGCAGAGGCUGUGGACAGCCCCACAGCACUGAGCUCAACCCCUUGUGCCACCUGGGAGGCCCUGAUUCUGAGGUUCUACUCACUGAAGUUACAGUAGUGAUGAAAUGUUGCAAAAAAUGAGCUUGAUCACAACAAAUGUAUGGAAUCUUUGACCUGUUCACCUAAGCAAGUCUUUGAGUUUGAAAAUUUUAAGCUCUAGGAAUAUUUGUCAUUAUUUAGAGUUACACUUUGCCUAGUAGAAUGUUUGCUAUACAUAAGAUGCAAGCAAAGUCAUUUUCUGCUCAGUAUCUCUCUCUCUACUUUUCUCUGUAUCAUUUAAGCUAAGCCUACUUUCUGAUAAGCCUACUUCAAUUUAGAUGUUUAAUAUCAAACUCAUCUAUUGUAUAAAAACACUAGGUAUGAUCUUAUACCAUGAUACAAAGUGACAGAAAUACAAAAAUGAGAAAUGUUUAGUGGAGAGGCUAACAUGACAAGGUCAGUGUUAAGUCUAUGGUAGAGGGUGGCUAUUUCCCGAAAUUAUAGGUACAAGUUAAAGGAUGGAUUUUUACUUCCAAUUUAAAUGUGAUUGCUCUUAGAGAUCUCUUGGGACCUUAAAUACCUGUAAAAAGAAAACAUCCCUGGCUUCUCUUAAGGGAAAAUAGCACUGCUUUACCUGACAGUGAGCAAACCAGAACUUGGAUGUCAAGGCAUUUACCCUGGGAACUUUGUUUUUUACAUGAAUGAGUUCUGAACCGGUGAUAUUAAUAAAAAAUAAAACAAAACCCAUACUGUUGGUAAGAAUAUAAUGCCUGGCAAACACUUUUUUAUGUGCUUUAGGAAGUUAGGCUUUUAAAUACUGCCAGGGAAGAAGAAAUUUUGGUAAAUAAAAUGAGAGCAUAUUUGGUAAAUAAAAUGAGAGUAACUUACAAGAGGUGUGUGAUACCCAGUGACUGAAAAAUAGUUUUGGCUGAACAGAGUUCUGCUUUGCAUGAAGACCCUGAUAAAUGCUGCAUUUUCCUUUUCCAUGUAUGCAUCGG